GGAGUAGCUCCGCACUCGUGCGAGCUCAGAAAGCUGUUGGAUUGAGAUUAAAAACGAAACCCUAGUCUUUCUCUUUCCCUUCCUCUGCUUCGUAGGUACCGUGUCCAGCUCUCUCCCUCUAUUUCUCCGCCGGCUGAGAAAUCGUCUGACACAAGAUCAAAGAAAGGUAUAGAUUUUAGAUUGCUUUAGCUUCAACGAGCAAGAAUGCCAGGAGGAUUCCGAGUAUUGCAUCUCGUCAGACCAUUUCUUUCGAUAUUGCCGGAGGUUCAGAGUGCCGACAGGAAGGUUCCAUUCAGGGAGAAGGUUAUCUACACCGUGAUUUCUCUUUUCAUCUUUCUGGUUUGCAGCCAGCUCCCUCUCUAUGGCAUACACUCGACAACUGGAGCUGAUCCAUUCUAUUGGAUGCGAGUCAUUCUUGCAUCAAAUCGUGGGACUGUCAUGGAACUGGGGAUCACGCCUAUUGUUACAUCAGGACUGGUGAUGCAACUCUUGGCAGGGUCAAAGAUCAUUGAAGUAGACAACAGCGUGCGCGAGGACCGAGCCCUCCUAAAUGGUGCACAGAAGUUACUGGGUAUCCUGAUUGCUAUUGGUGAGGCGGUUGCAUAUGUUCUAUCUGGGAUGUAUGGCAGUGUUAGCCAACUUGGAGCUGGGAAUGCUAUUCUCAUAAUUCUUCAGCUUUGUUUUGCUGGUAUCAUUGUUAUAUGCUUAGAUGAACUUCUCCAGAAAGGAUAUGGUCUUGGAUCGGGUAUUUCUCUAUUCAUUGCCACCAAUAUCUGUGAAACUAUCAUAUGGAAAGCAUUCAGCCCCACGACUAUCAAUAGUGGGCGAGGAGCUGAAUUUGAAGGUGCUGUUAUUGCCUUGUUCCAUCUACUGAUAACUCGAACAGACAAGGUCCGUGCUCUUCGUGAGGCUUUCUACCGACAGAACCUUCCGAACGUGACAAAUUUGCUUGCCACAGUUUUUGUUUUCCUCAUUGUGAAUUACUUCCAAGGAUUCCGUGUUGUUUUGCCUGUGAGGUCAAAAAAUGCACGUGGACAGCAAGGCUCCUACCCAAUUAAGUUAUUCUACACUUCAAACAUGCCCAUCAUUCUUCAGUCUGCGCUUGUUUCCAAUCUUUACUUUAUUUCCCAGUUGCUGUACCGGAGGUACAGUGGAAAUUUCCUUGUAAAUUUGCUGGGCAAGUGGAAGGAGUCUGAAUAUUCAGGUGGCCAGUUCAUACCAGUUGGUGGUCUUGCAUACUAUAUCACAGCCCCAUCAAGCUUGGCAGAUAUGGCAGCCAAUCCAUUCCAUGCAUUGUUCUAUCUUAUUUUUAUGCUGUCAGCCUGUGCACUGUUCUCAAAAACUUGGAUAGAAGUGUCUGGCUCUUCAGCCAGAGAUGUGGCUAAACAACUCAAGGAGCAACAAAUGGUGAUGCCUGGUCACCGUGAGUCGAACUUACAUAAAGAACUGAACCGCUACAUACCUACUGCGGCAGCCUUUGGUGGCAUGUGCAUUGGUGCAUUGACUGUGCUGGCGGAUUUCAUGGGGGCGAUUGGUUCGGGCACAGGGAUCCUGCUUGCCGUGACCAUCAUAUAUCAGUAUUUUGAAACGUUUGAGAAGGAGAGAGCCAGCGAGCUCGGCUUCUUUGGCCUCUGAGCUCAAGCACCUUUCAUGCUCUUCCAGACACUCAGUGGUGCUGGUGCCAUCAAGCUCAGUUGAGAUGUGUAAGUAUAAAUUCAACCUAUUUGACCUUCACAUGUAUUAGAGAUGGAGAUAGUACUUUGGUGCAGUGACUGCUGCUGCUCCUUUCACCGGGAAAUGCUGGGAAAUGGUGCCAAUGUCUGAACAGAUGCUGGCUAUGUUUCUCAGGAAAAAUGGACACGACCUUAGGCUGUCCUAUCAAGGAGUUGUUAUACCUUCAACUAAAACCCUAGCGAUUAGUCAUCAGAAAAGGCUCUGAGAAGGCCGAGAAACCAAAAACCAUUUGUUUUUUUUUUCAUUCCCCUCUCUGACUGCCUUUCUUAUAGUGCUACGGAACCUAGUUGUGUUUUAGUGGUUUUGGGGGCCUGUUAUAACUUGUUUUAGCUUGCA